AUGGCCAAAUCCAAAACUCUUAAACUCCACUUCUCUCUCCUCACCUCCUCUCUCCAACUCUGUCGCCCCAAAAACCCUUUAUCAAUGAUCAAAGUCCCCAAUCCCCCUCAUACACCUCCAUACAUCCUCUCCCCUCUCAACUCCAAAACAUUCGACAUCUCCUUCCCUGCCACUCCCAUCCCUCCACCAUCCAGCUCCGAUGAUGACGAGCUGGACUGGUGGGUCCCAUCUUCAAGAAACGACAAGACGAAGAAACACAAAAACACAAAGCAACACGAGCCAAAAUCUUUCUCUUCUCAGAGUGGCCACGAGGAGGAGCGGGGGAAGCUGCAUAAGCCACCAAGAAGAAGAUUCAAGCGUUACGGGUCGAAAGAGUGGAAGGAGGGAGAGGAGUGUAGUGAGAGGAAGCCGAUGUUGGGGAGGCCCGCGGAGCAAUGCAUGGUGUCGGAUCAUGGGCGGAGCUUCACGGUGGUGGUGAAGAAGUCGGUGGAUCCGUACGAGGAUUUCAAGAAAUCAAUGUCGGAGAUGAUGGUGGCGGAGAAGAUCCUUGAGCCAAGAGAGAUGGAGCAGCUGUUGAUGAGCUUCCUCUCACUCAACUCAAGAAUACAUCACAAAGUUAUCAUACAGGCUUUCACACAGAUUUUCAAGGAAAUGCUCUAA